AUGAAGUUUAUCGACGAGCUUGAUUUGGAGUUGGUGAACCAAACCCUGAAUUUCGAGACGUCCGAAUCGAAGAUAAGUGGGGGGUGCGACAUCUUCACCACUAAGCCCGUGGCGUCUGAUAAGAAGCUGUACAAGACGAUAGACCGCCACCUCGAGUCGUUGCUGCAGGAAAACGAGUCCUACAAUGCGGCAAUCCAGCAGCAGAUAGAACUGGAGAACAAAAGGCGCGACCCGAAACAGGCUGGCAGUGACUGCGCGGAGCCGGCAGAAGACUCGCCCACGCGUAAUGCAAACUCAUUUUGGGAGCAGAAGCGCCGGAUGUCUGUGAGCGAGAGCCCAAGGGCGGACACAUCGCCGCUGUUCAAGUCGCAGAAGCUGAAUGACCAGCAACUCAAAGAACUUGUAUCCCACCCAUUGGAGGUGCCCGGCUGCAAGAGCCCCAGCAACGAGACGUCGGCGCGGGGGGUGUUGAGGAGAUCGACUAGCGCUGGUAGCUUUGAGAAUAAUGCCGGUUCUGCAGAACAGCAAAAAAGAAGGACCAGCAGUAUAGGGAGCGCUGCCAACGGGACCAAGUCGCCAAUACUGAGGCGUUCCAGUUUCAACAGAGAGACAAUCAACAUAGGCCCAUUUGGCCCAAUUAGUGAAACCGCCAGUAGGAGGACGUUUGCGUACUUGAUAGGCAUCCUCAAUGCCUCAUACCCUGACCAUGACUUUGCUUCUCUUAAGCCUACAGAUUUUGUAAAGAGCUCUAGAAAGCAGUUGGUGUCAAAAUUUGAGAACUCUAUCAUUGCGCUAGGGAAACAGCCCCAGGAAUGGAUUUGGGAGACGAUCAAUGCCCACAUGGACUUAGCCGAUUGCGUAUUUUACCAAUAUAACCCCCAGGAGUCAUUUUUGGAUGAUGAACCAGGCCACCUGUGGUCUUUGAUGUGGUUUAUGUUCAACAAAAAGAGAAAAAGAGUCGCGUAUUUCUACUUAAGCGCAUUUAGGGUGAAGAAUCCGCCAUCUACUGGCGGCUCUGUGGCGCUUGAUGAAUAUUAUGAUUCCAACUCAAAACCCGAAUUGCGCGAAAAACGUAGAAGAUUGACGAUAGAGCAUGAAACUAAUGAUUUUGAAGGUGAAUAUGAUUUAACCUACACUUCAAGCGGAGAUGGUGCGGUUGAAGAUGAAGAUGAAGAUAUGAAUGAUGCUGAUUAG